CACUGUUGCUGAAUUCCAAGAUCUGCAACAACGUAUCCAUUAUUUAUUUGAAAGUAAGAAACCCCCCUCCUCUUCUUCCUUUUCUUUUCUCCCUCCCCCUCUCUCUCUCUCUCUCUCUUGCUUUACUUUCUUUUAAAAUUUAAGCUUUUUUUCCAUUGGUGGAGCUUUGUGAGGAUUGAAAUUGAAUGACCCAAAUGACCCAAAUCAAAAAGACAAGAGGAGGGGGUUCCUUGGAUUUUGGUGGCUCAUAAAGCCUACCAAUUUCAAUUCUUAACACUGCUUUGUUUCUGUAUUUUCUAGCUCUAACUGUAGCUGUAGAGUUCAAUUCAAGCCUUUUUUUUUUCUUUCUCUUUCUACGUUUUGUAAAAUGGAUUUCAUAAUAUAAUUUUAAAGCUUUGUAUUGCCACACCCAAAGCCAAUCAGGGCUUCGUCGGAAAGUUGCACCCAAAAAAGGGCUUCUAUCCUUUGCCAUUUCGAUCGUUACCCAGAUGAAAUCUACGUUGGAUAUGUUUCAGCUGAGAUUCCUGUGAGAGUUACUGUAAAUAAGAGGAUUAGUAAUCAUGGCAGCAGAAUCCAACACGGGGUUUCACCGCGACGAAACCUUAAGUUCGGCUUUGAAUCGGCACGCAAUAUCUUUUCAGUCUACCGCAACCACUAGCAGCUCAGAGAUGAUGACAAUGGGGAACUAUUUUGGGGUCAACAACGCCUCGGCCAUAAUGUUUUCAGGGAAUUCUAGCGUCGUCAACAAUAACAACAAUCAUCCUGUCAUUAGCCAAGCUACCAAUUCAUCUGGUUCUCUGCUUCUUGAUACGGUGCCAGGGCUCAAGCAUGAUGCUGGGUUGGCAGUCGAAUGGUCUGUGGAAGAGCAAAUCAAAUUGGAGGAAGGUCUUGUCAUGUUUGCUGAUGAACCAAGCAUUUUGAGGUAUAUCAAGAUUGCUGCCACGUUGCGUGAUAAAACUGUCAGGGAUGUUGCUUUAAGGUGUAGGUGGAUGACUAGAAAACGAAGAAAGCCUGAAGAACACAUUGGAAAGAAAGUGAACAAUCGAAAGGAUAAGCUGGUGGAGCCAUCUUUAAAAAUGAACACACCUUCAGCCCCUGGACCCAGCAUGGGUGUAUAUUCACAUAUGAUGCAGCAUGUGAACAGAAAAGAACGUAUGCCUUCUGAAGUCUCAGAGAUUAGCAGUGCAGCUGCACAUCUUUUGGAACAGAAUGCUCAAGCUUUUAGUCAAAUUACCUCCAACCUUUCCAUGUACAAGUUGCAGGAUAACAUUGAUCUUUUCUGCCGGACAAGGAAUAAUAUUAUUGCUAUCCUAAAUGACAUGAGGGACACUCCAGGCAUAAUGAGCAAAAUGCUACCACUUCCUGUAUCUAUAAAUGAAGAUCUUGCAAAUAGAAUCUUACCUAGCACAACCUGAAUUGGAUGGCUCCAUUCUUUUGGCCCUUGGUUGUGUUUUAUGCCUACACCAGGGCCAUUGCAAAGAAAUACGAACAAGAAGAAGAUGAUGAAGACGACGAUAAUGAUGAUGUGUACGGCUGAUUGGACAGUUAGCCCCUGCUGCCCAAUCAGACAAAAUCAAAUUGAUGGCUGAGAAAAAGUUUGAUAUUUUUUUGAAGUCAUGUCGGUGAGCUCCCCCAAGCACACAAAAAAUAUUAAGAGGGAAGUCAAGUUUUAGUCAGCUGCAGAUAUAUUGGUUGGGAGAUUUGAGUGAAAAGGGAGAGGAAAAAAAAGAAAAAAAGAGAGAGAGAGAGAAGGGGAAAAUAUUGGAUCUGCUGCUUCCAAUUUGUACUAUUUUAGGCAUUUACCUAAAAGAAUAAAAUUAUUGUGCAAAAAUAUUUGAUAUGAAAGUAUAGUUGGAUUGGAGGAGCUGAAAUGAUUGUGUUACCAUUAAUUGCAUUUCUGUA